UGGUGAGGAGCUCCCGGCCGGAGCGACGACUUGGAUCCUACUGUAUAUGCGUGCGCACAGAAUCCAUCCAUAUCGCAUUAUAUAUGUAUGUGUGCAUAAACAAAACGGAGAGUUGACCUUGAGUGCAGCUUGCAUAUUGGAUUGGAUACAAGCCUGGAUACAAGCCAGCCUCGAUGAGAAAAGUCAAAGUCAAUCCUAUGUUAACACAGGGAGUGCAUCCCAAAAGGCCAGAAGAGAAAUGGAAGAGAGGAGAAGCAUCGGAAGGGACCAAGGGCAGCAGCAGCACGGCAAUGGGAGGGCCGUGCCCAUCGCCGACGGCGACGUGAUAGAGAUGGAGGCAGCGGCAGCGUCGACGGUCCCUUCUUCUUCUCGUCAACAAGGUGAUGAUGGCGCCGGCGGCGUCCAGGGGCCUAGGUGGAAGAGAUUUCUAGCAUACGUUGGACCAGGAUUUCUCAUCUCCAUGGCUUACCUGGAUCCUAGCAACUUACAAACUGAUUUACAGGCUGGAUACAGUCACAGAUAUGAGUUAUUAUGGGUACUCUUAUUCGGGUUCAUCUUCGUGUUGAUUAUACAGUCGUUGGCAGCCAAGCUUGGCAUCGUUACAGGUAGGCACCUCGCGGAGCUGUGUAUGAGUGAAUAUCCCAAGCAUGUCAGAUACGCCCUAUGGUUUUUCGCCGAGCUCGGUGUGAUUGCUGCCACUAUACCAGGAGUUCUUGGAACUGCUUUAGCAUACAACAUGGUGCUUGACCUUCCUUUCUGGGCUGGUCUACUGAUUUGUGCGGCAACCAUUAUACUACUUCUCGGAUUACAGAGCUAUGGGGUCCGGAAAGUGGAGUUCAUGAUUGCAGUGUUUAUGCUCAUCAUGGCCUCUUGCUUCUUUAUAGAGCUGAGCCAUGUCAAUCCUCCGAUGAACGAGUUAAUUGAGGGGUUAUUUAUCCCAAGACUUAAUGGACAUUAUGCUAUCUCAGAUGCAGUCGCACUGAUCAGUGCCCUUGUUGUACCGCACAAUCUCUUCCUACAUUCUUCUCUUGUUUCAUCACGAAAAUUACCAUCAUCCUCUGAAGCAGUUAAGGAUGCAUCUAUGUUCUUCUUGCUAGAGAAUGCAUUCGCUUUGUUUCUUGCGCUCGUCAUAAAUGUUGCCAUAGUAUCACUCUCUGGAACUGUAUGUGCUGAUAAUCUUUCACUGGAUGAUACGAACACAUGCAGCACUCUCACUUUGAAGUCAGCAUCCAUACUAUUCAAGAAUGUUUUGGGACGGCCAAGAUCAUUUGUUUAUGGUUUGGCAUUAUUAGCUUCUGGACAAAGCUGUGCAGUGGUUACCACCUACUCUGGGCAAUAUAUUAUGCAGGGAUUCUCAGGGAUGAGGGUGUGCAUCAUAUACCUUUUUGCUCCCUGUCUAACCAUGGUGCCUACUUUGAUAAUUUGCGGCAUUGGUGGUGCUUUACGAGUUCGUCAACUUAUCAAUAUAGCAGCGAUCAUAUUGUCGUUUGUGCUGCCAUUUGCUCUCGUUCCUCUCCUCAAAUUCAGUAGUUGUUGCUCAAUGAUAGGACCGUACAAGAACUCAACAUGUUCCUCAUGGCGUGAGGGUUGGACUAGGGGACUACGGUGCCUCAAGGAUGUGAAGUUGCGAUGCUUUUGGUUGUCCUUCGCAACUAACCUAUUUUAGUUGCCGUAACCAACGAUAAGUAUCUUUUUUAAACAGGGUAAUUUUUUUUGAAUUUAGAGAUAUAAAUAUUAAAUUUAUUCAUAUUUUUUUAAAAGUAUUCAUAGUUUGGUGGUGUGUGCAUCAUAUGGUACAUGGUUUUAGUAAAAUGGUCACAUGAAGUUUACAAGAAAUUGAAUAUUAAGACUACAUACAUCCGCCAUCACAUGUAAUUUUGGAUCUUUGUUGGACCUCCAGACAUCCAGAAAGUAAGAGUAGACAAGCUUCCGGUGUGAAUAAUAGGUAGUGACAAUCACAAGAAAAGUCUUAUUGAUGGCAUACUUUGUGUUCUUUUUCUUAUUUGAAGGUCGAAUUUAACUUUAGAGUUAUGUAUCUUGUGUCCAUAAGUCAAAAUAAUUCUCAUCUUGCUAAACAUUUGGAUCUCAAUCAGAUGUCAUAUUGCUUGUGACGACCUAAAAACAAACAAGAUUGCAUACAUGAUGCUGCAUAUCAAAGUACUCGUUUACCAGGAAACUAGGUAUCGGUUACAACACAUCCCUUUUUUUCAACAAAGAGCAAAAUGCUCGUAUCAAAAUGAUACCAAAUUACACCCGGCGUCUGUAAAGACACAAUAUCAAGACCAAGUCGAGACUUCAAGGAUGCACAAAGCCAGAAAGAUUAAGAGGGAGGAAAAACAAAGAGAGCCUACAGAUAAGCAUCAUCAUCAUCUUUGAGAAAGGAAACGAUGUGCAGGCUCCACCGUUUUCGGGU